AUGCGUAUUUCUCAGCAUAAUUUUAUUGCAGCAGCUGCGCGUCCAUUUCAGUGUGCUGAUUGUUCUGCUGAAGAUCCUUUAUGGGCUUCUAUCAAUAAAGGUGUUCUCAUUUGUUCCGAAUGCUGUUACGUUCACCGUAAUCUAGGUCGUCAUAUCAGUCAUGUUCGCUCAAUCAAGAAGGGAGCUUGGAAUAGUAGUCAGCUUGAAUUGAUGUAUGUUUUAUAUUCCAAUGGCUCGAAUAAUAUCUGGGAACAUUCACUUCUCGACCCUCAAUCCACCAACAAAAUUCGUCGAAAACCGUCGCCAUAUGACCCAGUCCUUCCCAUUAAAGAAAAUUUCAUCAAGGCAAAAUAUGCGCAAAUGGCUUUUGCUUUACGUCCAGCUAAAGAUGAUAAUUGUAUCAGCCAAGAUGAUCUAAACCGUCAGCUCUGGUCUUGUGUUCGAACUUCUCAUGUAGAGACAACUUUGAGACUAUUAGCUCUCGGUGCCGAUCCUAAUUAUACUGACCCAGAAAAGAACAAUUCACCUCUUCAUAUUGCAGCCAAAGAAAAUCAAGCUUUACAAGUUGAAUUACUUUGGAUAUAUGGAGCCGAUGCAGGUCAAUUGAAUGCUAUAGAUUUAACUCCUUCUCAGGUAGCAAAACUUGAAAAUCAUACAGAACUUGCUGCAAGGCUGGAGGAGCUGCAGUUUGAAGUUACGAAUCGUUUGACAAUGUUUUUGUGUGGAAGGCGACCGGAUCAUUCCAAACAACAAUAUUUUUUAAUUCCCGAACUCAUAGGACAGGGCAUAGAAAAUUUGCAGAUUAAAUCAUCAAAACGACACUUGCGUUCUCUCCUUUCUCAUUAUUUCGAACGUAUUGUUCAAGAUGUAUAUGAUGAGGUUGAUCGUCGAGAAACAGUUGCCGCGUGGAAUGCUACGGUUCAAAAAACACAUUCUUUCUGUUUGGGAAAUGAUCAAUGCGUUGCUGUUUUUUUGCCGCCUAAUCCAGAAUUAUCAGCUACACGUAAUCAGCUUCGUCAGAAGCUUGCAAAGUGUGAUAUGCGAGGAUUAGCAACUCUGAUCAUAGAUAUUCUUAAUGAAGCUAAGCGAAGGUAUUAUGGUUUGCCAUUGAAAAAUGAUAUAGAUGACUCAGAAAAUCUUCCAAAGAAACCUUCAAAUAGCGGGGAUCAUUUUAUUGCAGGAUCUAUUGGCACUUCCGAAUAUAUUACAUCAAUGAGUGAGGAAGGAUAUAGAGAUUAUGACGAAGUUGCUGACAGCUUACAAAAUGGAAAGUGGCGCACUUCAAGUAGUACUAGAAAGUCAUCAGAAAGAAAAAGUGAUGAUAGCGGUGAAUUUUUACUAGAAACAGGUCCUGUAAUGAAUGAUGAUUUUAUGGAAGUGAAGGAAAAAGUGGCUAAUACAGAAAGUGCUCUCACUGCUGUUCAACAAACAAACACACAAAUUUUAAGGACGCUAACCCAUCUACAGUCUAGUGUUGAUCGUCUGAAUGCAGAUAAUGCAUACGUGCAUAGUGAACUUGAAAAGGUGCAGUCUGCAUGUUUACAGGCUUUAAAUAAAUGGCGCUCAUCUCCAGCUUCAGUGACAUCUCCUGGAACUUCACUUUCAAGUAAUGUUCUUAGCAGCAAAAACAUCUCAUCAAGCUAUCAUGCAUCAUCUGGGAAAUCGGCCAGUGGUAUAUGUCUUCAUGUUUUCGGUCGUACUGGUCGUUGGCAUAAUUCUGGCUCUACGACAUCUGCUUCUACUAUUAGAACAUUGCCACAGCAGCGUCCGAUUUCACAUAGAUCAGCUACAGCACAGUGGACUGAUCACAAUAGUGGAAAUGAGGAUCUCGAUGGAACUUUUGAUACUCCACGACAUGAAAUAAUUGAAGGUGGAGGUACUGUUGAUCAAAGAAUGGAUGACGAAAAAUUACAGCGUGGUUUAUGUCGAACCAAUGAUGCAUUUACCGAUAAUUUGAUAGCAGAAACAGAACGGCUCACCUACGCUAUAAAGCUUCUUUUAACAGAUGCACAAUACGGACAGUUACAAGCACGUGCACCUGACCAUGCAUAUUCUGUUGGUAUGUUGAUAAAUCGCAUUUUAACAGUCGUUCCGGAAGAACGACGUACUUCUGCAGUUGAGGCAUGCUUGCAAAAGAUGUCUGAUUCAACUGUUAUCUUGUCUGCUAAAUGUAAUGCACCAAUGUUUAGUGUAAAUGAUACAUGUGCAGCGGCAUUUGCUGUUGCAAGUUCUGCUAAACAAUUAUUGGUGAGCGUGCAUGAGCUCUGA